CCCCCCUCCCCCUCUCCUCUCACUCCCUCUCCCUCCCCAUUAUCCCCGAAGGGAAAAAAAUGGCUCAGGUUUAGCCUUUCUGCGACUAGAUGGAUAGAUUCUGUUGACCUCACAUGUAAACUGUUCCUUCGUAUAUACAGAACCAUUCUCCCCCCUCUCGGUUUAUCCGAAUUGGCCAUGGUCAACGAGAACCAUGUCGAUCCAGUCCAGUGAACCCCUCAACCACGAGGAUGAACCCUUUCUAUCUGCCCAGCAGCAGCAGCAGCAACAAGAGGCGGAGGAGGAGGAAGAGGAGGAGGAGGAUGUCAGAUUGAUCAACAAGAAGAUCCGCUUCCGACUCAUGGUCACCCUGUUUGCCAUGAUUCUGGCCGUCGAAGUCGGUAUCUGUAUGUCUAACGGUCCGGUCACCCGCAUAUUCGAGUCAAUCGCCUGCCGCGAAUAUUAUCAGCAGUAUGAUCCCACGCAAAUCGGCGCCAAUGGGCAGGUUGAUGAAGAUCUGUGCAAAAUCAAGGAGGUUCAGCAGGAUCUGGCCGCCGUGAAGGGCUAUAUGGAGUUUUUCGAUGGAACGCUGAGUGCUAUUCUGGCGAUUCCCUAUGGUCUUAUGGCAGACCGAUUUGGCCGGAAGUCCACCAUCUGUCUGAGUAUUCCUGGAUUCGCCCUCAAUUGCCUCAUGCAGCUCGCUGUCAUGUGGUUUCCUGAUACCUUCCCUCUGCGAACCGUGUGGGCGUCCUCGCUGGCCUGGCUGCUGGGCGGUGGCCCUGUUGUGGCGUUUGCGAUUAUCUGGACGAUGAUGUCGGAUGUGUCUACUGAGGAGGAACGGGCGGCCAUCUUUUUCAAGUUCGGAGUGGCCGGUAUGGGAGCCGAUUUCGCAUCCAGCGCGGCCAGUUCGUGGCUGAUGGCCCUCGAUCCGUGGUUGCCCCUGUUGCUGGGCUGGGGCCUGGCUGUUAUUGGCAUGUUCUUUGCUCUGUCCUUGCCAGAGACCAUGGGUGCUUUCCCCGGGGCUGGAUCGAAGAAGUCGACCAAUCUCGAACUGGGACAGAUCUUCUCCAGCCAAUCCGAAUAUAAGACGGUGCCGACCAAAGAACAAGAGCAGGAGGUCUCGAGUGAUGACGAGGAGACAGGGCCCGAGGACGCGUACGCCGAUGAGAAGAGCGGCGCUGCCCCCGCGACUCAACAGUCCUUGUUCGCCGUGGUGAAGCGUCGAAUCCGGGCGUAUUUCGCCCCAUACGCAUUCAUUGUCGAGAACCGUCAGAUCAUGCUCCUUCUGUCGGCCUUCCUCGUCUACCGACUCAGCCGCGGCUCGUCCUGGUUCCUGGUGCAAUACAUCUCCACCCGAUUCAAAUGGACUCUGGCAGAAGCCAACUUCCUUAUGUCGUUCAAGCCCGCACUCACUAUCCCGCUGUUCCUCUUUGUCCUGCCCGCCAUCUCGCGACGCUUGCUCAAGACCAUGAAGCCCACACAGAAGGAUCUCAGUCUGAUGCGGGUCAGCAUCGUGUUUCUCGCGGUGGGCACCCUGGGGAUCGGGCUCUCGAGCCAUGUAUACAUGCUCAUCCCGAGUCUGCUUCUGCAGACCUCUGGAUCCGGAUUCGUCUUCCUGACGCGCUCGCUGAUCACGACGCUGGUCAAGCGGGAGGAGACGGCGCGGCUGUUUACGAUUAUCGAGGUGUUGCAGUCGAUGGGCAAUGUGGUUGCUAGCUUGUCUAUCACGACGGUGUUUCAGAUUGGUCUGGAGCUGGGAGGCCCGUGGAUUGGUCUUGCGUGGAUGAUGACUGCUACCGCGUUCACACUGGUGGGGCUGGCGGUGUGGUCGGGCAUUGCACCCUUCCUCCCCAUUCCUCCUCAGCCCGUCAGCUACCUCCAGAUUCCUGUCCGCAUCCUCCUGUUCUGGAUCCGACUGCCGCUGUUUGUGUUCGCCUGCCUGAGUUUCUUCCUCGUGCUGCAAUGGCUUCCGAUCGGCUCGCUGGGCAAGAAGGCGUCUCUGUGGUGUAUCCUGGGCAUACCCAGUAUAUGGUGGAUUGACCUGCAGGUCGACGGCGUGCGCAAGGGAUCCCUCCACAAGCAACACCAGACCCGACUCCCCGGCCCAGGCUCCGUCAUCGCCUCAUCCUUCACCUCCCCCAUCGACCCUCUCUACCUGGCCGCGAUCUUCGACCCCAUUUUCACCGCGUGCUACCCCAACACCUCCGAAGUCGAGCAAAUCUCCCUCUUCCAAGCGAUCCUCCGCGCCUUUAGCACCCCGCAGCCCACCCCUCCCCCGACCAAAAGAUUAGUUAGUCUUGACGCCCUCCUCCGCAGAUACCCCGGCCGCCCAAUCGUCACUUUUCCAGAGUGCACCACCACCAACGGCCGCGCCAUCUUGCCUCUAAGCCCGGCCCUCCUGACCGUCCCGACCGCCACCAAGAUCUUCCCCAUCAGCCUCCGCUACACCCCCGUGGACGUGGUCACCCCGCUUCCCGGAAGCUACGUCAGUUUCCUCUGGAACCUCCUGAGCAAACCCACGCAUUGCAUCCGCGUCCGCAUUGCCGGCGCCGUCACCCCCACAACCUCCUCCACGUCUUCCACGGCUGCAUCCGCCCCCGCAUCAGCCGCCAAGGCAUCGACAACAGCCCGUAAAAACAACUACGACACCAACUACCUCGACACACUCGACGCCUCCAUCUCCACCCGCAGCCCGUCCUCCUCCCCCGAAGCCACGGGCGUCCCGGACACGGCGCUCCUGGAUCAUGUCGCGGACUCGAUGGCGCGCUUGGGCCGCGUCAAGAGAGUGGGAUUGAGUGUGAGAGAGAAGGUGGAUUUCGUGCGUGCCUGGACGCGGACGCGCUGGGUAUGGUAGUCUUACUUCUCUUUUUUACUUCUUUCUCUCUCCCAUGUACCCUUUCUCUGCGGUCUCCUGCCGCUGAAGGGGGCAGCAGGCAGCAGGCAGGUGGGUAGCAUUGUGUAUGAAUGAAUCCGGGACGGUAUAUUCUUUCAGGAUGUGGAUGGAGUAUGUUGUAUGUACUCUUUUUAUCAUAUCUCUUCUUUCCAUUCGUUUAUAGUUAUGUAUGUGUG